AAAUCCAUAAAGAUGAUUGUUUCCCAAAAACCUGAAGAAAUGAAAUUAAUGCUGGCUCAGCACAACAGUGAAAAUAGGUCUGAAGAAGAAAUCCAGGGGACUUCUUAUCUACUUGAGUGUGUUUAUAAAUUGAAUAUGUCUACAGCAAUGGAGUUCCAAGAAAUGAAAGGCAGAAUAAUGCAGCUGCAAAACCACAUGCUUAAUUUCACAGGCCAGUUCCUCAAUAUGGAGGGAAGAGAUGAUUCUCUGAUGCAUUCUCUAAACUCACAGAAUCUUUUUGAGUCUAAGAUGAAUGUCAUGGAAAAACAAUUUAACAAUGCCACUGAGGCUUUGAAUAGCCUUCAAAACCGCCUUGAAGAGGGAUUGGAUUCAGUGUUCCUUCAGAUCUCUCAGCUUAAAGAUGAUUUCUAUUUUAUUGAGAACUUCUUGAACCACACAGAUAUGGGAAGCUCAAAGUCUUAUGCGUCCACACCUGAAUUCUUAAAGGAAACAGAAGAAGAUACACCUUCAACUUUGUCUCCAUCUUCCCAAAAUUAUGCACCAGAUUCACACCCGAUUCAUCUGGAUCGUCAGACACAAGCCAUGGAGCCAGAGACAGUGGAAGAGAAGCACAAAAUAAACAUCCCUUUCAUAAAGAAACUUACAGACCUCCAAGUCUUUUUCUAUGAUGCUGACAAAAAUGCAAAUGGAUACCUGACAUUUACUGAGAUAGAAAAGGUCCUGGGAGAAGAUGCACCUCAGAAAGAGGAAUUGGAAGAAUUUGAUGAUGAUAACAAUAAGAUGUACUCCUACCUUGAAUUGAGAAAAGCCCUUGAGCUGACAGAAUAACUGAGAAGACUAAUUGCAAGGCUGAGAGAUGCACACAAUGUUCUGGAUCUUUAUUUUAUUUUACAGGAAAGAAAAUCAUGUACAGGUUUAUUUUUUAAUUGGUCAUUCUUUUGGAACAGCAAAAAUCAAUUAUAUACAGAUAAAAUGCCCCUUAUUCCAAUAGGCACACCAUAUUUACCAUAGUAGCCAUGUGUUGCAGAAUAGCUAGAGGAGACUUCUCAAAAUGUUUAACUCACUUUUUUGUAAUUGUAAGUACAUAGGCAAAAAAGGAAGAUAAAGGAAAUAUUAUUGAUCAAAAUGUUUUAAAACCAUGGAUUUAGUAUUAAAAAUUCUUAUGCAGCUUGAGCAUGUAGAAGUUAUAUACUGAAAAACUUUAUUCUUCCUUAAGUGCUCUAAUAAAUAGUCGAUGAUUACUCAUUUACCCCCCCACCACCACCCCUCAGUUAACACUGUAAUACUAUUUACUUGGCAUAUCAAAGAGUGAAAUCCUUCCGUCAUCAUCCACAUAAUAGAUCUGGGAUAUGGAGCAGAAAUUACUGCAUAUUUUGACCACAAUGUGUCAGGUGUGGCUUCUUCGGACGUUUGCAUGUUCCAAAUGGUGACUACCAAAACCCAAUGAUGUGCUAGAGAGGACAAUCGGAGAUUCCUUGGGUCUCUGGGUUCAAAUUCUAUCAUUAUCAAAUUGAAAGGACAGUUGUGGAAUGAUUUAUUUGCCUCUGAUGGAGUCAUCCUCUUUCUGGAUAAAGCUAAAUUACUCUUGCUAGAGAGUUCAGUGGGACUUCUGAUAUGUUUUCAUGGCUGGGCCCUUUGUUGAGAUGUUGCCUUCUUCCUUAGUUACGAGAAAGCAUUUGCAUUUCAAUGAGAAAUGAAUGAAUAUUUGUCAAUCCACCCACCCCAAUGCACCCACACACCCUAAUAUAUACAGGAAAUUCUGGGGAACCUCUUGUUAAAAUAGAGGAAGAACAUCAUAGUAUGCACCAAUUCCAUGUUGCCCCGAUAGAUCUCUAAAAGGGAAUGAGAUUUGGUCCUACUGCAGUACAAAUUAUACUUGCACUGUCAUAACAGGAAGGCAGCAUCAUAUAAAGAGGGUAGUAUAUCCUUUCGGUGGAACAUCUGUUCAGCAGCGUUGUGAUACAAGACAGGUGGCUGGGGCAAAUAUGCAGACUAUAACCCUACAUGUAGAUCAAACAGAGUAAAGGCUCUAAACCAAACAUCAGUUGUUCAGAACAUCACUUUGGUUGUGGAGGUCAUGUUUUCCCAGACACUAUGCAAGCAAGUUUAUAAUUUAUGAAAGGUAUUCACACAUCUCAUGGAAAACCUAAGCAACUCAAACUCAAUGACUUCUCUUUUAGAGUGACUGGACUGCAUAACAAAAUGAAAUUGUCUAUCAUUCGUUACAAAUUCAGAGAUCUGUAAUUACUCAUAUUUUCACUUAGGCCCAAGUAUUCCUACUGAAAUCCGUGACCAGGAUUUGGCAUUAGGAAAUUAGUUGAUCUUCAGUUUAUACAAUUGCAUUGGGACUGACUUUUCACCUGUACUAUUAUUGAAUACAUUAGACCAAAUUUGGCCCUGAUUUAUGUGCCUUGCAACCCCCAGGAAAUCAGUGGAGGAUUUGAGGGACGAAAUCCUAAUGUAAUCAGCGGGACUCUAAACAGGCAGAUGCAAUUGCAGGAUUGGGGCAGGAAUGCCCAAUCUUUCGAGGUACUGAACACUUCCAAGACAGUUCUGAGUGUGUGCAUUACCUGCUGUAUACAGUGGGUACACUUGAAAAGUUCAUGCUUGUUCUGGAGGUAUUACCAGUUUCAGACAUAUUCUCCUUGUUAAGCAAAGAGAAUAUCACCAUAAUCUAUAGUAUUUUGAAAAUUGUCAAAAAAAAUGAGGUCACUGUAUAUAUAGAAUGGUGGGUACUCAGCAUAACUACCAAAUCUGGGUACACAUACUUAAUUACCCAUUUUAAUGUUCUCUUCAUUUUAGAUGUGCAGAUUUGACUAAUAAUAAUUAAUACCUUUCACUUGUUUAAAUCUAUAAACUCAAAUGAGAAAAAUAAAUAGACAAUAGUUCAUGGAAUUCCAAAUCCUUAUAACUUGUAUGUCAAAAAGUGUCAUAAACAGAGGAAUAGAUAAAAUAGGAACAAUAUGGUGCAUUUUUAAUUUUGUAAAAUAAAUUUUGUGUGUGUGUGGGGGGGGUAAAUUGGCAGUACAAUUAUUUUCUAUUUCCUGAAGUUAAUAUAUUUUAAUAUCAAUCUUCCAAAAGCUACUUCUAUGGGAGAUCUUCCUGGAAAGAAAAUCACUUACAAGUUUAUUUUUUAAUUGAUCAAACAGCCACAUUUUAGGCAAGAAAUUUAGCCCAUGACUGUUUUGUUUAUGUAUAACCAAAUAUCGCUGGGAUUUUCUAAGACACCUAAGAGAACUGGUUGAUCAAAUCCCAUUUCAGUAGGAUUUCGAUAACUAAUUCUCUUAGGCUUCCUUGAAAAUCCCAGCCCAUGUGAAUACCAUGUACUGCUGUCACAGUGCCUACGAAGAUUUUCCUAAUUCUACCAAUGGAGAAUUUGUAUUGGGUGUCCCACCUUGGCCACAGAGUGCAAGGUACCUUUUCCCCUAUACAAGUAUUUAGAAAGUGCUCAAAUGUCGGAGGAGCUAGCACCCCUCCUCUGUGAAAGCCAGUGUGAAACUGCCAUUUUAAUUAAGGACAGGCACAACAUGCACUUCUUAGGGCACAUUAUAUACUUUUUUGAUAUUUUAAGUUCAGCAUACAUAUACCCUGUAUUUAAAAUUGAGAAUACUGCUGAUGCCAGGAAUACCUCUAAAACUAAAGUGAACUUUCAAAUGCACCAUCUGUAUAUGGCAGGUAUUGAGUCCCCUCAACUCAGCUGUGACAUAUAUGGCGGUUGAGGCCACUUAGAACCUAAUGACCAAAGUCUGCCCUUUAAAACAUGUGUGUGAUCACUACAGAAGUUAACGAGAGUGGCUUGCACUUAAGCAAAGUACAUGUCAGAAAUAAACAGGGGGAGCACAUCACAGCAAUUUCAUGGCUGAACUCACCCUUGGAGGAUCUGCACUUUUUUCUGACAUCCUCAGAACCUCUCAAGUAUGUUAUAGCUUCAUAUUCUCUCAAGGAGUGGGAAGGGGGAGUAAGGAGCAAACUUUACAGAUGGCAGUAUGUCAGUUCCUGUUCUUCAUUAGCACAGGUGUGGUAUUUCUUUAAUUUAUUUUUUGCCCGUAGGAUCUCCUCCCCACAUAGUCUGCCAACUUAUGGCAGGAGGCAAUCAAACACUUUGGAAAGAGAUUUUAUUCCUCAAUUUCUUUUGCCUAUGCAAAUAUCACCACUAGUUAGGAUGGCAGCCAAAAGAAACUCAAAUACAGUUCCCAACUAAGGAUUAAAUAAUUAGCUGUUUAUUUGUCUUUCAAACUCUCUGCUUCCUUUUUGAGAUUUCCCUCCUCCCCUUCCUUCUAAAAACUUUCAACUUCUGCAUCCCUAUAUAUCCUUCAUUAUAUAUAGACAUUUGUCUCUUUUCUCAACUUCCCUCUAGAUAAUGCCAUGCUAUACUGCCUAAUGAGUUUGGUCAUGAUUGUCCACAACUUUAGAACUCAUGUAAUUAAUUACACCUAUGCAAAGUGAAUGUAAAGGGCUCCAAAUAAGAAAUCUCCUCAAUUACAUGGAUUGUAGUGGUUUAAACCCACUUUGUACUCACUUUGUAUAGCUGAAAAUGCUACACAAUAUGCAAGGCCAAGGAGGGCCAGACCCCUUUUAUUACCCUGUGCCAGCAAGAGCUGAGAAGAGAACUGAUUAGACUCAUGCCAGUUUCACACUGUUACUGUUGCCAGAGCUGCUUUGUGGAAGAAUAGUACAACUGGUGCGAUCAACCACUAAGAGUUUGUCUGACAGGAAAGCUUGUAAUGGGGGAAGAGGGGUGUAUGAGGAAAUGCAGGAUACCUUCAACAUCAGACCAAAUGUAGACUCCACAUUGAAACACCUUUUAGCUAGUCAGAGAGCUCUCUCUACAUUUUAAUAAACACCUCUGUAAAACCAAUGUGAUAUUUUCCCCUAUCUCUUUUAAAAUUUUAUAAUUUAACAUAGUCAGUCCUACUGAGUGCAAAGGACUAGUUCAAAGGAACACAUUAGCAGUGGUUUGGUAUAAAAGUCAGUAUUAACUGAAUGUCUACACUACAAUAUUGAAAUGAAAUGUGUUGAUAUAUGAAAACUUCGUUAUUU